UCCCAAGGCAGCAGGGUGGCUCAGCCUGUCGGGAGUCACCAGAAACACCAGGGACACUUGUUGCCACCUGCCUGAACAGAACAGCUUAUCCAUCUGUCAGUCCCAAUACCACACUUGUCAGUGAGGCUGGGCUGGUCCCCAGUGGACAGACAGCUGUGAAGGGUGAGGUCCUAUCUCUACCGAGAAGCUACCACAAGCUGCCGCUGUGGUGGAGGAGGCUCAAAACUGCAAGCAAGCGGGUGUGGUCCAGGCCCCCAUCCACACACUGGGGAAAAGCCUGCGAGGGUCCUGAGUGGCCAGGGGACUUCAGCCCCAAGUGCCCAGAGGUGGCCUUCUGUAGCCUGUGCAGUGGCCAGUUUGCACAAAGUCCCUGGGGCAGGACAGGUCCAGCAGCAUGUUGCAGAGAGGGAGUUGUUUGUGCUGUGGAAAUGACCCCAGAUGGACCCUGGUGCCACCCAAGGGCAGUGAGGUGGCCAUCAAGUACUUUAAGUUGGUUGUGUUGUUUAUUGCAGUAAAAACACAAAACACUAUACUAUCAUAAAAUGAGCUCUGUAACAAUCACUGCUAAUUCCGGGGGCAGUCUCUGACCAAAGGUGCAAAGGCCCAACCACAUCCAUCACGAAUCCACUUCCCUCUGUGGAUCCCUGGGUCACAGACAUUUACUGUCAUGGAGCCCACACUUUGUCCCUCACUGAGUCCCGUGUCCUCGAGGUCCCUCCACACUGGCUGAGUGAUGGUCUAGGCUGUGUCCCCACCGCCCAGCAGAUAGUCCCUGAGCAGGACAGAGACUGGGUAAGGUGGGCAAGGGCAGACUGCCGAGACCCUGGCACAGGGAGGACAUUGUGGGGCAGGGGGAAAGUUGAGGAAAGCCAGGUAUCCCCAGGUAAGGAGCUGGUGAGAGUCCAGAGCCACAAGUCUCACUUCAGUCCUGAAGGCUCCAGUCUCACACCAGGAAGUAGGCUGAGGUCAUGGGGACCAUGGCUGCCCACUUCCCUGUUGCUGGGAUACCUUUGUCCCUGUCAACAAUGGCCCUAGGGCCUCUGGGAACACAGGGGCAGACAUGAAAAACCUGAGGCGGGAGGCUGCCCAGCCCUUUGUCCCCUCAGGCACCCUGGAACUCAACUUUCCCGCCCUUUUAUACAGCAAUGACUACCUGUCCCUGGAGGGCCCCCGUUGGGCACAGGCCGUCAAGCAAGCCGUGCGCUGUAAGUUCGCGCCCAUGGGACAGGACGCAGCCGGCCAGGUGUGGUUCACCGGCCUGACCAACUCGGACCCACGCAAGGCCUGGUACAUGCUGCCUGCUGCGCUUGACAGACCGUACCGCGAGGCCCAUGCGCGCUGGCACGGCUGCUUUGAGAGUCGCCAGCGUGGCCUGCCGCCCGCCUACACGCAGCGCCUGCGGGAGACGGCCUUCUGGGACCCCGUGCUGCCUGCGCAGUAUCUCAGCCCAGGCACGCGCUGGGGGUGCAUGCCGUGGAGGGACAGGCACAUCCGCAGCAAGGAGUUUGUGGUCAACAGGAACCAAUUCGGGGUGGAGCCCUUACGGUCCGACUACGUGCCCCACCUGUCGCCGCCACAGCGGCCGCGCUACACCUCGCAGGACUUCAGGCAACGGGACAGAGAGCGCCCCUGCCCGGCCACCGGCCAGCCGCCCCCGGCCUUCACGCCCGCGCUCUGAUAAAGCC